GAGCAGGAGGUUGUUUAAACUGGGAAAGACAGUUGCAAAACCUCCUACAACAGCAUGAGCUCCAAGCUUCAAACGCGGUCUCAUGCUCAGACGAACGCUUCAUUUUUCAUCAAGUUGUUUUUCCCUGUUGUUUUGAAGCAGCUUUGAAUAAUCAACGUGUAUUUCUGCUCUCCGUUUUCGAAUGGUUUCUAACUUCAUGGGACAACCAAAGCCAGAAAGCCUCAUGUUUGGGGGGAAAGUGUGAUGUCAGCAAUGCCCAGAAAAGAGCCAAAGAUGUUUGUCUUGCUGUAUGUUACAAGCUUUGCCAUUUGUGCCAGUGGACAACCUCGAGGCAACCAGUUCAGAGGAGAGAGCUACUCCCCGAGAUACAUCUGCAGCAUCCCUGGCCUGCCUGGACCUCCAGGCCCCCCAGGAGCCAAUGGCUCCCCUGGGCCCCACGGUCGGAUCGGCCUUCCAGGACGAGAUGGGAGAGACGGCAGGAAAGGAGAGAAAGGAGAAAAGGGGACGGCAGGUUUGAGAGGUAAGACUGGACCACUGGGCCUUGCUGGAGAGAAAGGGGACCAAGGAGAAACUGGGAAGAAAGGACCCAUGGGACCCGAGGGAGAGAAAGGAGAAGUAGGUCCAGCUGGGCCUCCUGGACCAAAGGGAGACAGAGGAGAGCAAGGGGACCCGGGGCUGCCUGGAGCUUGUAGAUGUGGGAGCAUCAUGCUCAAGUCUGCCUUCUCUGUCGGCAUCACCACCAGCUACCCAGAAGAGAGGCUGCCGAUUGUAUUUAACAAGGUCCUCUUCAAUGAGGGAGAGCACUAUAACCCUGCAACGGGGAAGUUCAUCUGCGCUUUCCCCGGGAUCUAUUACUUUUCUUACGAUAUCACAUUGGCAAAUAAGCACCUGGCCAUCGGGCUGGUACACAACGGGCAGUACCGGAUAAAGACCUUCGAUGCCAACACAGGGAACCACGACGUGGCUUCCGGGUCCACGGUCAUCUAUCUGCAGCCAGAAGAUGAAGUCUGGCUGGAGAUCUUCUUCACCGACCAGAACGGCCUCUUCUCAGACCCAGGUUGGGCAGACAGCUUGUUCUCCGGGUUUCUCCUGUACGUUGACACAGAUUAUCUAGAUUCCAUAUCAGAAGACGACGAGCUGUGAUCAGGACUGCUGACCAGCAUGCUCCAAAAUCCUUCCGGAAGACGCUUUGAUUUAAUCUGGGGUCCAGAAAUGAGAUCCAAAGACACUCCCACUCAGAUUCCUGAGUAUUUACAGACAGUGCUAGCUACAUCUGUUAAAACAAGAUGAACCACCAAACUGUUGAAACCACACCAAAAUGAAUUAUAUGAAACAAUAACCCCAGAUAUGAAUUCUCUUGAAAGCAGUGUUCAUAAAUAUUUAAACAAAUUCAAGACAAUGUUAACAAUUUUUUAUUACAUUCCCUGAGUGAUAAAACCAGCUGACGAUGAUAUUGUCUCAUUAAAUCUU